AUUCACAACCAAGUCUUUCUCUCGAGAAUGUCGUCUUUUCCUCUUCUCCGUCUGCCGAGCAAUGAGCUAACAAAAGUGCUACGUCAUAUGAACCCAAUUGCACAACUCGGGUUCUCACUGCUCUCCGAGAAAUCAAAGAACCGAAUUUCCUUGCUCCGCAUUUUCAGUGAUGAAGUUUCUAUUUCCGUGUGCGCCUAUAAGCGUAAGGAAAAGUUAACAUUGCGUUUGCGAAAUUCGUUGUCAAGCUUGGAAGUGCACAAAUGCGGGCCGGAUUUAGUCAUCGUCUUGCAAAACUGGAGUGAUUGUACCAAGUUGGACUUCCGGCGAGAAAUGUCACUUCGACACUGGAUUGAUCAUUGUAUGGAACUUGCAACUGCUAAGCGUAUUGACGAGUUAACUCUUUCAAGCAUUAAGAAGAAACACAAGUAUGACUUGAAAGGCUUUCACAAAAGUUUAGCUGGAUUGCACAUCAGAGAAUUGUGGACCAAAUAUUAAAUUGUUCGGCACACUGCCAAUUGUGCACAAAAUAGUAUUUCUCGACUGUAAAAAUACGUUAACACCUGGCUUUCAUCAGAUACUUGUUCAAAAUCCCAAUAGAGUCACAUAUUUCAACCAAAAUGUGACACGUAUUAAUCUGAACGAUUUGUUGGCUUCGAGUGUGUCAUUUUUAGAUAAUAUGACUAAUAGCUUACCGGAUGCUCAACUCAAUUUGUUUCUUAAACAUUGGAUAGCCGGAUCGAAUCAGAGUCUUCACGGGAUUGCUCUCAUAAAAUCUCGAGAAGGAGAAAGCUACAAUAAGGAUGUUGUUAUGAAAGGUAUCGAUUAUCAUCCGGCAGAGGAAAGAGACAUUCCAAAUUCUAUGAGCGGGACGGAUUUUUGUCCAAUGUUGAACACUGGCGUAGUUACGAAAUUCGGCAUCACUAGCAGUUUAUUUUAGAAAAACCUAUAAAGCACGCCAUCGACCCGAUGGGAAUGACAAUAAUUUCUGCAUGCUUGUUUGGAAAUAGUUUUUUUCAAUUUGGUUUACGAAAUAAAGAUCAUAAUUUUAA